AUGCCUGGAAUAAAUGAUGCAAUCAGGCAGAUUAAUAAUUUGAAUCUUGGCAACAAACUUUGCUACCAGAAAAUUGCUACCAAUCAUGGUGUUGAUCGCACAACUCUAUCACAGCAUCACCGAGGUGUUCAGAUGGAUCAGAAGACCAAGAACCUCAACCAGCUCAAGGUCAACCCACAACAAGAGGAGGAGCUUGUACAGUAUGUUAUAAGCCUUACUGAGCGUCACUUUCCACCUACAAGAGAGAUGAUCAAGAAUUUUGUACGUGGAAUAGCCAAAGUCAAUGUCUCUGAGACAUGGGUCACUCACUUCCUCCACCGUCACAAAGAUGUACUCACCAAUCGAUGGACCUCCCCUAUGGCUGCCAAUCGCCACGCUGCCGAUUCC